ACUGGUAGCUGAAUUUAUCGCUAAGAAAAUUGUAUACUAAAUAAAAACAACAACAGCAGUGAUAAGUGGAAAACCAAACAUCGUAAUCACACACCGGUGGCAGCUACUUUAUAACGAAUAUCUGCAACAUCAAUAAACACGCCUUAUACGAAAUGCCUGAGAAACGUGUAGUGCCUGUGAUUGGCUCUUUGGCUGACUUUGAAAGCAAAUUACCUGGUUAUCUGAACUCAAACGCCCCCAUCGCCUUACUACUUGACUACGAUGGCACUCUGGUGGCCCUCGCCAAUAAUCCGGCGAAUACACUUCUCACUGCGAAUAUGAAGAAAUUGCUUGACCAAUUGGCCGUACAUCCCAAGGUCUUCUUGGCGCUUAUCUCCGGACGUGGACUGCGUGAUGUGCAAUCAUGCUUGGGCAUAAAAGGUAUCACAUACGCGGGCAAUCACGGCUUGGAAAUCGAGAGUGGCGAUGGCACACGUCACGACCAUGCRCUGCCAGCUGAACUCCGGACGCGCUACACAACUAUCGUAAAAGAAUUGACGGAAAAGCUGGAAAAUAAUGGUGCAUGGGUUGAAGAUAAGAMGGUAUCACUUACCUUUCAUUAUCGCGAUGUGCCCGCCGAGUUGGCCGAGCAAUACAAACAAGCGGCUAAGGUGAUAAUUGAGUCGCAUGGCUUCCGUGCAAAUCAAGCGCAUAUGGCGGUCGAGGCGAAGCCGCCAGUCAACUGGAAUAAAGGUGAAGCGGCAUUGCUCAUUUUGAAGAAUCAAUUCGGGGAGGAUUGGGCUAAAAAAGUCAAAGUGAUAUUUGCCGGCGACGACACCACCGACGAGGACGCCAUGCGGUUGUUGCAAGGCUUUGGCAUAUCUUUUCGUGUUUCAACCGAUCCUAAUAUUGAGACCUAUGCUGAUUUUCGCUUAUCAAGCCAAGGUGUGGUGGAGGAUUUGUUGACGUGGAUCAGCAGUACUUUUAAUCAAUAAGACAUAAGAUAAAUACUAGUGUAUUUAUUACUGAUUUAUUGUAUCUGUAUACUUAGGAGGUCAUAAAAGGGAGCAUUUACAAAAUUUUCAAAUAUUGUUGCAUAAAAUACGAGUAUGUGUGUUUAAGGUAAUUAGCGAUAAUUAGCUAAAUUGAAAAAUUAGUGUGCAAAUAAAUGUGAACUUUUGGCAACAAUUUGUAAAAUAUA